AUGGCAGUCUUGUCAGAGGUCCUUGGCCGUACAGAAUCAUUGUCCGAAUAUGCUAUCUACAUCCUCCCUUCUCUGUUCGUUUUGUACCUUGCACGAAAAUACUUCCACAAUGGCCUUCAUCGCUAUCCAGGCCCGCUCCUGGCCAAGUUCACGAACCUAUGGCGUUUCCUGGACGUACGGGGGCGACGCCCUGAGAUUACCCAUAUAGCCCUGCAUCGGAAGUAUGGUGAUGUUGUCAGGCUCGGGCCAAACACUUUAUCCUUUGCGUCCCCAAAUGCCAUCAAAGUCAUAUACGGCCUGAACAAAGGGUUCACCAAGUCCGAAUUCUACCCCGUCCAAAUGACCGUCUCAAAAGGCGAGCCCCUUCCAUCCCUCUUUUCAACUCUAGACGAGUCCUUCCACGCCAACCUCCGCCGCUCUGUUAACUACGCCUUCUCAAUGUCCUCGCUGGUCCAAUACGAACCAAUGGUAAACGAAACAAUUGAGCUCUUCCUAGACCAAACAACAGCUCUCUUUGCCAACACCAACAAGACAUGCGACUUUGCCCGCUGGCUCCAGUUCUUUGCGUUCGACGUCAUCGGCAGCAUCACAUAUAGCAAGCGACACGGCUUCAUAGAGAAGAACGAAGACAUCGACGGGAUUCUUAAAUCUCUCGCCCGGAUCUUCGACUACGCAGGCCCCAUCGGCCAAAUGCCCUGGCUUGAUAAGCUGCUCUGGAAGAACCCCGUUUACGAUAUACUGCAAAAAUGGGGAAUCGCCGAUAAUUCCCACCCUGUUGCUAUCUUUGCGCGGCAGCGCAUGGACGAGCGGAUGGCAGUCAACGCCAACAGCACCGCAAAGCAAGACCUGCUCACGAAAUUCAUACAAGCCGGUAAAGAUCGGCCAGAAUUUAUGACAGAGAAGCGCGUCCUCACAAUGGCCGUCUCCAUGGCGUUUGCCGGCUCCGAAACAACAGCCAUCAGUCUCGCCGCUGUGUUCUACUACCUUCUGAAGAACCCCGACUACAUGACCCGCCUGCGCGCAGAACUUGAUGCCGCCGUGAAGGACGGAACUAUAGAGAACCGCCCCUCCGGCCUCGUCACUUGGUCCGAGACCCAGAAGCUCCCUUUUCUGGACGCCUGCAUCAAAGAAUCCUUCCGGAUCUGUCCUGCUGCGGGCUUACUUCUCGAGCGCGUUGUCCCGCCCUCUGGCAUCGAUAUCGCAGGACGCUUUAUCCCCGGCGGUACGAUUGUAGGAUGUAGUGCAUGGGUGAUGCAUCGACGCGAAGAGAUCUUUGGGCCUGAUGUCGACACUUUCAUCCCUGAUCGGUGGCUGGAUGCGAGUGAAGAGAAACUGAAGACCAUGAACGGAACGAUGCUGCAGUUUGGGGCUGGGGCGCGGACAUGUAUUGGGAAGAAUAUCUCGCUCAUGGAGGUUUAUAAGCUUGUGCCGAGUUUCUUGAGGAGGUUCGAUGUACAACUUGCGCAUCCGGAUCAGGAGUGGGAGCUGUGGAAUGCUUGGUUUGUGAGGCAGUAUAACUUCAAGACAAAAUUUACCAUUAGGAAGUUAGAGGCAUAG